AUGAGAGCGCCGCCACACCCGGACGGAACCAACUGCGGAGAGCGCCGUAGCCAACUGCAGAGAGUGCCGCCACACCCGGACGGAACCAACUGCAGAGAGCGCUGGAGCCAACUGCGGAGAGUGCCGCCACACCCGGACGGAACCAACUGUAGAGAGCGCCGGAGCCAACUGCGGAGAGUGCCGCCACACCCGGACGGAGCCAACUUAAGAGAGCGCCGCCACACCCGGAAGGAACCAACUGCAGAGAGCGCCGUAGCCAACUGCAGAAAGUGCCGCCACACCCGGACGGAACCAACUCAAGAGAGUGCCGCCACACCCGGACGGAACCAACUGCAGAGAGCGCUGGAGCCAACUGCGGAGAGUGCCGUCACACCCAGACGGAACCAACUGCAGAGAGUGCCGGAGCCAACUGCAGAGAGUGCCGCCACACCCGGACGGAGCCAACUUAAGAGAGCGCCGCCACACCCGGAAGGAACCAACUGCAGAGAGCGCCGUAGCCAACUGCAGAAAGUGCCGCCACACCCGGACGGAACCAACUGCAGAGAGCGCCUUAGCCAACUGCAGAGAGUGCCGCCACACCCGGACGGAGCCAACUUAUGA